UUCAGCUCUCAGAGGGUUAAAUUAUACAGCCUCAACAUGAUUGCCAAGGCUGUUGCCGGAUUUCUAUUGUUACUUGUUUUAUCAGAAGCUGCAAGUCAGACUGUUGGAGGCAUUCUCUCUGUCUCCCCUUCAACAGGAUCUACAUGUGGAGUGGGGAGUUCUGACUGCCCCACUGACCCAGCUCUGGAUGCAACUGAAAUCCCAACAGAAAUUCCUGUCUCUCUUGAGACUUCAACUUCUACAUCAACAGAGCCUGCCUCUGGAAAUGACAGCACCACUCCAUCUGUUGCCACAACUGCACAAGAAACUAUAACCCAGUCACCCAUGGUGACCUCCUCCAAACCCAACAAGGGUUCCAGCACAACUCGGUCACCACCAAGAAAGUUACCAACAACUGUGAAGCAGCCAGAAGGCCAAAUCCUUGGUUAUGCUCUUAGUGAAACAUGUGCUUGCGAUUUAAUGGCAUUUUCUUGUGAUAUCAACUGCUGUUGUGAUCCAGACUGCACAAAUUUCCAACAUGCUGCCUUCUCAAAGUGCAAAGUUGAAGGAUACCCACCUUAUGAUAACCGAUAUUGUUAUGCCUCUAAGUUGGUUUUCUUAAACAAUUCUGAGCAUAUUUUGGAACAGUCUCAAAGUGGAGCCUUCUGCAUUGUAAGAUCCAACCUAGCUGCAUCUGUUCUGUACCCAUCCCAUCCGGUUUUUUUAAGUCUUCAAGACUUUUUAAGGCACUGGGAUAGAACUCAUACUCCAGUAUGGCCAGAAUUACAAGCAGCACCCAUUUCUGUAGUUGAGAAGCCAAAACCAUAUUCAGCUGGAUCCCCUAUUUUAUUGAUACGCAAUAGCCAAAGUGAAACUUUUGAUCUUCCUGCUUCAAGGCUCACUGCAGCUUGCUCAGUUAAAAAUGCAGUGCUGUAUUUGUUGCCAUGGUCAUCCAAAUGUAUGCGAAAAGCACCUGAUGGUCAACAUGAAUGUGACAGUGUGAGCUCAUACAUUCAUUAUCAGCUACAAAACAUUGUGCGUUCACCACUUUUGGUGAAUCAGACUGAACUGCCCUCAGAAACAGUUGAGCUGUGCCCAGAAAAUGUGUGUGCCCCAGUAACAUACUUUAUUUGCUCAGGCUCAAAAGUGGAAGAAGAUUACUACACAAAUAAUUGUAAAAAUAUUUCAAGUAAAAAUGUAUUGUUUGGCUUGAAAAAUGGCGUUUGUUUUGGUGUUGUCAAAAGACUAAGAUUACUCUUUCAUCACAAUGGGACUGAUGGCAUUCUCCAUAUCGAAGCCUUUAUGUGGCUGUCAAACAUAUCACUGUCCGAUUAUUCAGUUACAAAACCAUUACACCAAUCAUUUUCAGUACAAUUUAAAUGGGCAAGGCUCAAUAAAACGGUUGGAACAAUCACAAAAAACAAUACUCUGAAUUCUAUGGUCGAACAUGCACCAUUUCCACGAAGUGGGAACCCAGGCUAUUUAAUUGGCCAACCAGUUAUAGCAGCAUUCAGAGUCAAACAAAAAUUAAGUGCUAAUUCAAGCAAAGAUACUUCCAAGGAUUCUGCUAAACUGGCCAAGCAUGAUACUAUAGAUCUUAGCCAUGACCCCAAGCAAUGGCUUACUUUACCUGGAUCAAAUAUGAAUGGUAUGUGUGAUGUGACACUAGCCCAGAGGCACAUUGUUACAUUUGGAGAGGACUUGCACAUGUCCUGUGGCAUUGCUGUUUCUCCGAGAAACAUAUCAUCCCACUUCUCUUGCAAUGCUCUUCGAUCUAGAUUAUUGCAGCUUCUCUUAGGAGACAUUGCAAAGUCGUUUCAUAAUGGUAGUUUCAAUGCUGAUUGGGGAAGAAUUAUUGCAGCUUUUGGAAGUGCAAAUGUGUCAAAACCUCAAGAGUGGGUGCCAUUACUCUUGGAUAGCCAGCCACCCUUCACACUAUUAUCAGAGGACUCAAUGUCAACUAUAGAGUCCAAAAUUUCCAAUGAAGACAAACUAUCUGACAUGUCAAUAGAUCAUCCAUUGCAAAUGUGUGAAAAUGUACCUUUGGGGAUCCAACUGCAAUUGAUGCAUGGUCGUGUAGGAUCCCCAUCAAAUCCACAAUCAAAAAUUUUUGGUGCUGCCAUGAGAUUCACCCCCUUGCAAGACAUUGGAUGGCCAUGUACUUCUGCAGCAUGCCCCCAGAAACAAGAUGCCCUCUACUUGAGGGUUGUAUCCACUGUCAAGUUUGUAGACAUAUCUUCCCCUGCGGUGACACGCUUUGCUGAACCACCAGCCAUUCACAUUCGCCUACCCCCAGACUUUUUCUAUCCCUUCAUGGCCACUGAGGGUUCCUCUGGGGCUUCUAUCCAUAAAACUUCAAUGGCACUUGUUGCAGCUUUCCUUAUUCCUUUGUUGUUUAUUUAAUGUAUGAUUUCAUUGCCACACUGCAAUUUUCAUUUCCAAAGAUGUUUGUAAUUUUUGUAAAAUAUUUUUUUAAGUUGUCAUGCCCAAGGUAUAAGGUCUGAAUAUUUUCCAUUCCUCAACGUCCUCAACUAUUUGCUCCUUAAGGGGAGCUUUUAAAGCAGAAGGGAAUGGCCUCUAUUCAGAUCACACUGUGAGUGUAUCUUAAUGUGUGUGAUUUUAUUUGCAUAUGUGAAAGUGAUUUUAUGAGUGUGUUCUUGAACUGCAUGUGAAUGAUGAUUUGACCACAUCUACACUAUCAGACAGAAGUUAAGAAACCAAAGGUCCAUAUACAAUGGAAAGGCGAUGCGCCUGUGAACUUGCACUGUGAUUGAAUUUUAACUCACCAAUUAUAAGUUGUUUAUUUUUUAGAUGUUAAAGUAACUGUAUCCAUUCCAGUGAUCUCAGUAGACCUGUGACUGCACCAUUUGAAAGCAAGUGACUGAAUUCAUUGUAUAUUCAUUUGUCUGCUGUCUGUUUAUUAGUAAAUAAUCUAUCAAGGAA